AUGGAGACCAAGAAACGGAAGCUGGACAAUCCCGACACUUUGGAGACGCUUUCUGGGUCGCUGGACCGGUCGAGAUGGCUUGCAUUGGUGGCCAACUCGCCAUCUGAAGAGGUCUUCGAGGCUUAUUUGAAGAUAUUCUUCAACGACGGCCAUGUGUGGAAACUGUAUAUUGAUCAUGAAAUGGACAAGAACGACGACGGUAAGGUCGAACAGCUGUUUGCUAGAUGUCUUACCAAGGUCUAUGACGUUGAACUAUGGAAAGUCUAUUUAAAAUACGUCCGUAAAGUCAACGAUAUCAUCACUGGAGGAGAACAGGCCAGACUCACCGUGAUGAAAGCGUACGAUUUCGCCACGGACAACGUGGGGCUCGAUUUCAUCAACGGCCAGGCGAUAUGGGACGAGUACUUCAAGUUUCUGAACGAGUGGAACCCGGUUUCCAGUAUUGAGCAGACAUCCAAAACCAGUCAACUUCGAUCUCUGUACAGGAAACUCAUAUCCACUCCGUUGCGUCAGCUGGACAAGAAUUGGAAAAAAUACCUCGACUUUGAAAACGAGACCGACCAAAUGAACGCUAGACGCCACAUCAACGAGAAAUCGCAGGAGUACAUGAAACUUCGUCCUUUAAACCAAAACUUGAUCAACUUGACCGCGCAUCUAAAGCCGUCAGAAGAGAGAAAGAAUAGCAGAAACCAACUGGAGUUCUGGAAACGCUGGAUCAACUGGGAACGCAGUAAUAAACUGAAUCUGACGCCCGAACUUCUGGAUAAGAGAGUCAACUUUGUCUAUAGACUCUCGACGCAGUAUCUACGGUUCCAGCCAGAGGUUUGGUACAAUUACGCCGUGUAUCUUGUUUCCAAAGACCUGUCGUCGGAUGCGGUCGAGCUUCUUCAACAGGGAAUUGUUUUGAACCCGCAGAGUGUCAGUUUGGUGCUUGUGUUGUCCAGCCAUUACGAAAGAGGCAACGAGAUUGAGAAGAUCAAGGAUAUCUGGAACACGCUUAUAGCGCAUCUCACAAAGCAGUACGAGGAGGAGCAAGACAACAAGGUCAAAGCGACGUUGGCACAUUGUAUCACUUCUACCUACUCGUUGCUUAUGAAAGCCUGCAGAAGAACAGAAGGCAUGAAGGAAGCAAGAGCUGUGUUUUCUGGAGCCAGAAAGUUUGCUGGCAUUACAUGGCAUGUUUUUGUUGAUUAUGCUAUGAUGGAGCACCAGAACAACGACUUGAAAAUUGCGAUGCGGUGUUUCGAGCUGGCCAUGAAGUAUUACGGCCAGGAGUUUGCGUUUGUUGAGGUUUAUCUGAAUUACCUCUUGUCGUUGAAUGAUUUGGGAAACGCAAAAAAACUGUUGGAACAAAGUAUCGAGAACUUCAAGGACAAACCAUCUUUGCUAGAGAAGGUGUAUCGUCAGUUUUAUCCUAUCGAGCUUGAAUUUGGAGACUCGAACUCGAUUCGUUCGCUGGAAAAAAGAUACAGAGAAGCGUUCCCGCAAAGCAGUGAGUUCCAGUUCCUUUCGAAAUCGUUCCCUGACUUUAAUGUUGUGAAGCUACUAGACGAGUACACGCUCAAGGGAUCGGAAGAGGCCUUGGAUAAAGUCGAAGAGAUCAAAUUGGAGGAUGUCGAAAUUCCCCAAAUCGAACCGUUUGUGGUUAGAGAUGAAAUUUACAACCUAUUGAGGUAUCUACCAAAAUCCGAGUAUUACGACGACAAGCCGCAGGUGUUUGAUGUGAAAAAGAGCGUCCAAUUCUUCAGAACUUUGAAGCUGACCUAG